AUGUCAUCUGUGUCCACGAUAUCCACCAGUCGGUCCCAUUCGAAAUCUCCGCCGCGGCCUGACGGCUACAACGCAAGGAGAGAACAUGAGCGAGCGCCGUCGAGGUCGUCCCAUCAUUCACGGGCAAGAAAAAGACGAUAUAGCGACUCGGUAUCCGAUCACAGUGAUUCUUCAUAUUCAUCUGGCGAGAGACAACGAUCUCGCUCACGCGAAUGGGCACGUGAUAGAAACACACGGCGAAGACGCCAGGAAUCCAGCCCAGAAGUACGUGGCCGACCUAGAAACACCUCCGAGGAUGGCAGCCGAAGAGGUAGGACCCGAAGUAUCAAUAUGGAUCACAGCCGAAUCGCGAAAGAGAGACGAUCGGCGACACCAAAUACGGAGCAAACACACCAUCCUUUGAGAAAGGACACCCGAGAAGCCACUAUCCGCCGGCCAAGUCAUCUGGACAAUCCCCCUAAUAAUGGCUAUAGCAGACCGACUGCCCAGUCAUCACGAAGGGAAAGAAGUCUGAGCCCUUACAGCAAGCGUCUCGCACUAACUCAAGCCAUGAAUAUCGGACGAUGA